CUGUAAUCUUCAUCUCUACACUAUUUCACUGCAACUAAACUAUUAUGGCACAGAAUGGAACUAUAGAAAACAGGGUAUCUCGGAACGAGUCCCCUCCACCUCUGCCUCAACCUGUUAAAAUCCCUGAGAUUAAACACACUAAGAUUUUUAUCAAUAAUGAAUGGCACACCUCGAUCAAAGGAAAGAAGUUUCCUACAUUCAACCCUGCAACAGGUGUGAAAAUCUGUGAUGUCGAGGAGACGGAUAAAGCUGAUGUGGAUAAGGCGGUGGAGGCUGCCAAAGCGGCCGGGAAGAGAGGCUCUGCGUGGCGGAUGAUGGAUACAACGAGCCGGGGAAGAUUACUGCACAGACUGGCUGAUCUGCUGGAGAGAGAGCGCAGUGUGCUCGCGACUCUAGAGUCAAUGGAUACUGGCAAACCCUUCCUGCAUGCUUUCUUUGUCGAUCUCGAUGGCAGCAUUAAAACCCUGAGAUAUUACGCCGGCUGGACAGACAAGAUUCAUGGCAAGACCAUGCCAGUUGAUGAAAACUUUGUGUGUUUUACCAAACAUGAGCCCAUUGGUGUGUGCGGAGCGAUUAUUCCGUGGAACUUCCCCUUGCUGAUGUUUAUGUGGAAGAUAGCGCCAGCCUUGGCCUGUGGAAACACAGUGGUUAUUAAACCUGCUGAGCAGACUCCACUGACGGCGCUCCAUGUUGGAGCACUCAUAAAGGAGGCAGGCUUUCCACCUGGAGUCGUGAAUAUCUUGCCUGGAUUUGGACCUACAGCUGGGGCGGCUAUUGCCAGUCAUAUGAACAUUGACAAAGUGGCUUUUACAGGUUCCACAGAGGUGGGCCAGCUGAUCAAAGAGGCGGCGGCCAAAAGCAACCUGAAAAGAGUGACUCUGGAGCUGGGGGGAAAGAACCCCUGCAUUGUGUUUGCUGACUCAGACCUGCAGUUGGCCGUUGAGGAGACGCAGAAAGGUGCGUUCUUUAACCAGGGUCAAGCGUGCACAGCUGCUUCACGCGUGUACGUGGAAGAGCAGGUUUAUGAUGAAUUUGUACGUCUCAGUGUGGAAAGCGCUAAGAAUAUAUUAAUUGGAGACCCCAUGGAUCCACGCACCUCACACGGACCACAGAUUGACCAGCAUCAGUUUGAUAAGAUCCUGGAGUUAGUGGACAGUGGGAAGAAAGAAGGAGCAAAGCUAGAGUGUGGUGGAUGUGCGGUGGAAGACCGAGGCCUGUUUAUUCAACCUGCCAUCUUCUCUGAUGUCAAAGACCAUAUGCGCAUCGCCAAAGAAGAGAUCUUUGGGCCAGUUCAGUGCAUCAUGAAGUUUAAGACACAAGAGGAGGUGAUUUACAGAGCCAACUGCUCACAGUACGGCCUGACGGCAGCAGUAUUCACGCGUAAUGUUGAUCGUGCCAUGAGUGUGUCUGUGGCCUUAGAGUCUGGAACUGUUUGGGUGAACUGCUACAAUGCCUUACAUGCUCAAGCUCCAUUCGGAGGCUACAAGAUGUCAGGAAAUGGACGAGAGCUGGGUGAGUAUGCAUUGGCGGAGUAUACAGAGGUCAAAGCCAUCACUAUUAAACUCACCGAGCAGCUGAGACUGUGACAUUACUGGUCUGAGGUCAGCCCCUCUCUGUGGACCCCAACCACGACCUAUGAAAAGACUGCUUUG